CACGAAGGGAUCAUUGACAGCAACCACGAAGACCUGGCCAGCCUCCUUCAACUUAGGGUGCGAGAUGUACCCAGGGACAUGAGUACUGGAGCAGGCGGGGCCUAUAGAGCGCAUUGUUAGACAGCUCCAUCUUUAAGAUCUUCAGGGAGCCCGAGUCCAAGCUUCGUUUUAUUGUGUACAUACUGAAAGCGGCAGGGACACCAAUGAUGACGCCCUUACCCUUGAGCUCCUUGGCGAGGUUCACCUUAUUGCCAGGAGAGUUCUCGACGAGGACAUCAAGGUCUGGAAUGGCAUCGCCCUUUUGAACGAAAGCCGGCGCAGUGCUGUGGAACAGAGCAGCCCUUUCGCUAAGGGCGCGGGGCGCGGCGGUGGUGAGGCGGCGGGCGGCAAACAUGGUUUCUUUGGGCAAUUGAGUCGUUAUUUAGGGUAUUUAAUGAAGCGAAUCCAAGGAACUAGGUAGAUUUGCGUUUCAGGUACGGUUCCUGAGAUCUGUGUUUUGGAUGAGGUCCAGGUGUGAGGAACUUGAAGUGACCUGAGUCAGCUACGCACGUCAUAAGUUUAUCUAUCCAGGUCCCAGGGCAACCCUGUCCGGUUCCGUCGCACAAUAAUCAAGCUAUGCCUCUUAUUUGGAGGAAUGUAAGGCAAGAAUCUUAUCAGAAGGUGAUUUAAAACCCUUCUGGCAGUCAUUCAAGCUCGCGUUCUGAGAAGAAGCCUUCAUGAGAUGACUUGACUACUACCAUGAUGUUAUGGACGUUGCACAAGACAAAUGGAUGGGAUCAAUAGCCUGAAGUCGAGUGAGAUGAGCGGAAAUUGUCGGCCUUCACUUCGUUUCAGAUUAUUUCAUGAAGUCAUUGUCUGCAUUAUUAAAUGAGUUGGGAAUGGAGAUAUAGCAGAGAUCUGCAUGAUGGGCGAAGCUAACGUCGACCGACUCGCGGAGAUGCCUUAUCGGGUAAAGCAUAGGCCAGCUCAUGAUUUGACGAAGAUGCUCCUGACUCCUGACUCCUGCUGUCCAGGGCAGAAAUCUCUUCAAAGAGAGAGAAAAACUAAAAGAAGCAUGGAUGUCAAAUCGGCGUUUCUGACCAAGACUCCCGGCGAUAAAAUCAAGGCUGUGUUGAACUGUUUGUGUGGAUCAAGGCGUUGAACUUGGGCCCCUCCAUGUCCCCUCCAUCUUCAAGGUCCUAAUGCAUGCUCUGCUGCAGGCGCAUUGACGGUUUUUGGUCUCAUUCCCUGCAAGUGCGUGAGAGUUCAAUUGUAGCAUUUGUCCCGUAAAUUAUUUCAAAUUUUCGAAAGGACUUUUGUCAUCAGGUGACCGACAAUGACAGAGUGGACGAACUGUGUUGACAAGGAUUCUCAGUGGGAGGUUUGGGUGGCAUUGGAUUUCUCCUUCUUUGCCCCCAAUCACACUCUAAAAACUACUGCAUAAAGAACGAGUUAUAGGCAGGAAUUUAAGGAGGAACUUGAACCAUCAAGUAGUAGAGUUGAGCAAAAAUACCAGACAAAAAGAAAAAACCAACGGCUGUGGCUGGUGCGCCCAAGAAAAAUGGCUUUCUAUUAAUAUGCAAGAUUAUUCAACGCCGUCCAGCGAGAGUCAGAAGUUGCGCCCGUCCCACCAAACUACUACAACCGACUCCUCCUCCUCCCCUCUACCUUUUGCGACCGUCUUGGAGGUUUGCGUUCUUUUUUUCCUCUUCAUCUGCUUCGCUUGCCCUUUUUCGCUUCCUCUCAGAAACUCUCCCUGCGAUCGGCGCCAAAGAUUACGGCCCUUCACUCGACUUUUCUCCCAGUAUUUCUCGAGUUCUGCACAGUGCUGAAGUCUGUUGCUCGUUCGAUCGGUCGCGACCCAUCUAGCCCAUGAUGGACGGUGGCCAGACCACCUCCAGCACCGCCCCCUCGGGCAACUCCAGCGAUUUUGUUCGGAAACUCUACAAGAUGCUGGAAGACCCAUCGUACGCGGAAAUCGUGCGGUGGGGUGACGAGGGAGAUAGCUUUGUGGUUUUAGAGUGCGAAAAAUUUACCAAGACGAUACUGCCAAAGCAUUUCAAACACAGCAACUUUGCCAGUUUCGUGCGACAGCUGAACAAGUACGACUUCCACAAAGUAAGACAGAAUAAUGAGGAGAAUGGCCAGUCGCCGUAUGGACAAAAUGCCUGGGAGUUUAAACACCCCGAGUUUAGAGCAAACAGCAAAGAGUCCCUCGACAACAUCCGACGAAAGGCACCUGCUCCACGAAAGCAAACACAGCCUCACGAUGAUUCGGUUCCCACACAACAGAUCGACCUUCUCAAUCAGCAGAUUGUUGCGCAACAACAGCAAAUCCAACACCUCUCCGAUCGCUACGCCCAGAUGUCCGUUGACCAUCAACUCAUGCUGCAGGAGGUAAUGAGGGUUCAGAAGACGGUAGUGAAUCAUGAGAAUGUUAUACAUCAGUUGGUGAAUUAUCUAGUGUCGAUGGACUCUCGGCAAAAACGUGAUGGCAAACCUGGCCCUUUUCAAGCUCAGGCUGGUUCAAACUUGAGCCCGUCACAAGUCCCCUCGAUGGAUGACGGGGUCGCUACUCCGUUACAGCAGGCCUCAAAACUUCUUAGCGAUAUGAAUGCUGAGAUUCAGUUUAACCUCGUUGGGGUUGACUCCAUAGGCGAGCCACCAAAGCCGGCUGGUGUAGUUUCCACGCCUACGCUGGAAAACGCUCCUCGCCGGGUUCAACCUCCACCCACUGCUGCGGCCGCGAACGCGCCCCUAGUCUACACGAAGAUGACCCAGGAUAUGGAGCCUGUUGUCUACCCGGUCGGAGCAACCAAUGGGAUUGACCCCAUGUACAGCGAGCAUGUCAAUAACGUUCCGUAUGCCAUACCUCCCAAACAGGAGAUGGACGACCGAAGGCAGUUCCCGGACAAUCGGAAAAAGAGCAACCAUGUUGACCCGGGCUGGAUGCGCAGCCCGCGGAUCUUACUCGUGGAAGAUGACGCUACAUGCCGUCAAAUUGGCGGGAAAUUCCUCUAUUCCUUCUCUUGUGAGAUUGAUACUGCGCUCGAUGGCUUGGAAGCCGUGAACAAAGUUCAGGAUGGAUCCAAGUACGAUUUGAUUUUAAUGGAUAUCAUAAUGCCCAACCUGGACGGCGUGUCUGCAUGCCAUCUCAUCCGUCAAUUUGACCGGACACCCAUUAUCGCCAUGACGUCUAAUAUUCGAAGCGAUGACAUCCAGCUUUACUUCCAACAUGGAAUGGAUGACGUGCUUCCAAAGCCCUUCACCCGGAAAAGUCUUUUGGAUAUGUUGGAGAAGCAUUUAGUCCAUUUGAAGACAGUCCCGCAAGGCAUGGAUGCCCCUCAGCCUACAACGCCUGCCACAAUGGCCGGCCAAAGUUCUGCCGCGCAAUCGGUCACCAUCAAGGACGAUAGCUCCCCAAGCCAGUCCCCCGCAGCCGCCAUGAAUGCAUGGCAAUCCCCGAACCAGUUCCAGACCAUGGCACCAGUUCCGCCCAACAUGCAGCAAGUUCAAGGGCAAUAUGUGCAGGCUGGUCCAGCUGCGGCGGCAUACGCCAUAGAUCAGAAUGGAGUGCAGUACCCUGCACCUUCUGGAGUUCCGUUAGGCGCUGCAGGGCCCGGUGCAGCACGGCCACAACCGCGACGGCAUAUCUCUGAAAUAAGUAACGGGGCCGACAAUCCAACCCUCGCCAAAAGACAACGCAUGUAUGCGCAGGCGCCUCAACCCAUGGUUGGUUCAAUGCAGGCGACACGUACUAAUUAAUGACACUACUCGACUAUUCUAUAAUGACACUGAACAGCUGUUGUCCAUAUAUACCCCUUCGCCAUCGACCCUACUGGCUCCCUCGCUAUGACUUGAAAUCGGCAGCAAAUUCACCACACUAAUAAUGAUCAUCCGAGCAUACAUUAUUUUCACCCUUUUGCAUUCCCUUCUACUUUUACUAGGGAAGUGGACACUCAUUUGGUACACCUUGGCGUUUUGGGAAUCAUACCUUUUGCAUCGUCUUUUUUUUCUUUUGGCAUUUAGAGUAAAUAGCUGUGGUUAUAAGAGUCUCCUUGGACUACGGUGGGCCUAUCAUUUAGAGAAGGUGUGGGUUGGCAUUUUCGCUCUUAGCACAUGGAUAAUGGGCGGGCAGUGAGUUGUGGUUUGUUUGUUUUUCCUUAACCUGCAGGCCUUUGGCAGCCUUCAUUCCUUUCUUGGUUAAAUAUUCCUGUGACCUCUCUGGCAAUCUUCUCUCUCAAUCUAGCGACCUGGCCGCUGGUGUUUUUAUCUCACGCCAAGAAUGCUCUAUUUACGUUCGUCUACUCCGUAAUGAGGCCUAAGUAGAACAAAUGGCUUGUCUCUACC